AUGUACCAAGCUGCACCAUUGCAGGGUCACCUUCAACUGACUCCAUCCUCUUACCCUGGAAAUGAAGGCCAUCGCAACGCACCAACACAUCAACAAAGCCUUUUUGGAGAUAAUAGCGACAGCGACAGCGCCAGCAACUGGAGCGAUUCAGAAUCGGAGAAGUCUACCUACCGAGACGACAGAGCCGAGACUGGGCCCGGUAUCAACCCUCUUUCCCGACGGCGAAGACCACUUCACCUCAGGAACCCGAUACCAAGCGAGACCUACGCCGACCAAGGUGACUGGGACCAGAACCAACCCAAUCCGCGAUCUGGUGGUCAAGCUGUUCCGUACACUCGUCCAUUAGGGACGUUCCCUUCGACAGGAGGCGGAUAUACACAACCGCAGCCACCACCUGGCCUUCAUCCUUUUCAGCAUCAACCUACACACAGUGGCUCACUGCCACCCGGUCAGAAUAACAUGGCACAUGAGAAUCCAUUUGCGCCAAUCCCAGGGCCCUGGAACAGCCAACAGGCUAGACCGUAUCACAACAACACGCUACCUCCCACAUACGGUCCCCAGCCAAUGUGGCCUCCGGCGCCUGAGUAUGCCCCGCCGUACCCAGGACCUUUCUCUACAGUCGCACCAGCUACCCCGUAUGCUUAUCCCCCCCCAAAGACCCAGCCCUACGGGGGCUACAUGCCCACCCAGCACCCAGCCGAUCCGCCUCGCGAGUCCAGACACGCCUCUCCGUUUCGACCACGCCGGCCGCGACCUCCCGCUGGCGAAGUUCCUUCGCAAGAAGACGAGGUGAACCGCCUUCGGCGGCGGGUCAGGGACAUGGAAAUGGAGGGCCAUCGCGAAAGGGACCUGCGUCAAGCCAGUAGAGAGCGGGAGCAGGCCGAGAGGCAAAAGUGGGAAAUGGAUGUCAAGGUUGACCAACUGCGGAAAGACAUUGAGAGGAGCUUCAAGUCCGAUAUCCGCGACGCGGUCAACGAUAUCCGCAAAGAGAUCCAAACAAGCCUGUCCGAGUCACAGUCGGAGCCUGGCAGAGUGCCGUCACGGAUGGAUAGCGGCAGGAGAGGUUACGCGGGUUCGGCCCGGUCCGUACACGGCGAUGGAGAUAUCUGGGCGGAGCGAGGCGGUGAGUAUCAGGACGCUCUGAUGCAGGAGACAACAAGGAUGAAGGAAGGGAGGAGAAUGCUCCACCCACAGGAUUCAACCUCGGGAGCGGCCUUUCGCCAUGGAAUGCAAGCGGACCGGGGUUCGGCACGAGGAUCACGGAUCGAUCCCGAGUUACGGAGCGAGGUCGAAACCAUCAUCUACGACAUAAUUGGAGGAUCUGAAUUGGGACAGCGACACUAUCGGCGACCGUUGUCGCGGUCGUUUAACCGAGGGACAGCUUCAGACAGUUACGAUCCUCGCACCGAAGCGUGGGACUACCCGCGAAACCGGUACCCCGACACCCACGACGGCGGCGUGAACCCUGCCUUGGGCAAUCGGUUUGGCCCUCGACGCCCGCCAGUCCAAGUGACAUUCGACCAGAACGACUACACUAUACCAAGUGCGGCACCCAGUCAACCGGCCGACGAGAGGCCAUGGUUGGGAGCACCGUCUAGAUCGCGAAGACCGCGGCGCCGAGGAGAGGACGUAGCGGGGCCGAGCGAUCCUCGGACCUACGGCGCCGGUCUCCAGCAGCAACCAUUGCCAACUCAAGCAAACAACCUGAGGACUCAACCUGGCACGCAUGCGCAGGAUCCCAGACACUGGGCCGGAGGGAGUAACGGCGAGGCCGUUUCAAGCGCCGGGGCAAACGCGAUGGCUUACCAGGACAGAAUAAACAACGGCGGAGUGCGGCAGGGCGAGCAAAGCAACCCGACGAGGCCGUUGGGUCGGCGCGGUGAGCACGUACCUGCUUCUGCUGCUGCUAUGUAUGAGGACGAAGACGCCGGCGAGUUAUUUACGGAUGACGACGAGUCGGACAACGAGGAGUUGUUUUCCAAGCGCGAUGCUACCUAUCCCGAGUUUCCGGCCGGCCAUCCGGACCUGAGACACCAGCUCCCUAGGGUUCCGGAUCCCAGACCACACCUGCGACGAGCUGGGAUUCAGUAG